GGAAUUAUUUAUUAGUGACUAAAUUUGCGAUAAGAUAAAAUGCUAAUUUGACAUUGUCGGCACAAUGAAGUCAAUAGUUGCGUUGCUUUUUACAAUAGGAAUUGUGGAGGUUAGUUACGGUGUACGUGUUUGUAAUAUUACGUGCGAACCGAAGGAUGAAUUUUUGGGCGAAGAAACAAGCGAAUGGAAUGACUUCAUGGACGAUUUGGUACCUCACACUUUCGAGCCGCGGACUUUACGUUGCAAGAAUUCGGACGGCCUAGCGACCAUUGACUACAAUUCUGAUAUUAUAUGGGAUUUACGGUUUAGAAUUUAUAGCUCACGUACGGAUGAGCAAAAGAAAACCCUAAAUGACUGCUUUUGCGAUUUCACAGAUUGUCAGAGCGUAGAAUUUAGGCAGUGCUUAGCAGAAGUAAGAACGGAAAUGAAUACUGAACUUAUGUCAGUUAUGGCUGUAGAAGUGGGCGCAGCACUUCAGCAGCUUGCCAGAGAGUGCUAACACAAGCUUUAUUGGUGUUUUACUUUUGAUUUAACAUAUUAUUUUAAAUAAAGUAGUCGCAUGCAAACGAAAAA